CAUUCAGCCCAGCCUGAGACUCGGCAGGUGAAAGGCAUUGUGGGAAAGUUGAUCUAUUUUCCAGAGACGGUGUUGAAUUCUGGCAAUUUACUUUAUGGAGACCUUGGCAAUAUUGCACAGGUGUACCCUGUUAAACAAAGUAAUACCAACCUUGUGAAUAGAUUUAAAAACCGCCUUCACUGGAACAAUGUUACUGGAUUCUUCACUUUGUCAGACCUACAAAUAGAGGAUUCUGGGGUUUAUACUGUGGAGAAUGCAGUUAAAGAUGAAGAGAAGACGACACAUACAUUUCAGCUGACUGUGUACUGUAAGUGUGUGUGUGUGUUGUAAAUUACUAAAUCAUUAAAGUGGCACUCAGCAGCAGAAACAAUACUAAAGUGGUCGCUUUAUUGGUUUGGUAAAAAGCUGAGGAAUGGGGCUGGAGAAAUGUAACCACUCUCAAAUUCAUAGAGCUAUGGUUGCAAGGACUGAUCAACCAUUAUAUAAGAAGUAUAGUUUUAACCAUGUUUUGUGACUAUAUAUUGUUUGUUUACAAUUGCUUUGUUUACAAACACCGGAGUAAAACAAGCUUAUGUGUUCUCUGACAGAGACUAAGCUCAUGAGGCAUUUAUAAGUUAUAUUCUUCAAGAAUCAAUGGGUACAUAUAAUUAAUUUAUAAGUCCAAAAAUGGAUGUAGCAACUGUUCUUUGCCACUUUAAAGAAGUUCCAUUUCACCAAUUCCCAUUUAUUCAUUAUUUUCUUCCAGAUGUUCUGUCCAAGCCUCAGGUGACGGUCCAUGACAACAGCUCCUGUAGCGUGGUGUGUUCUGUGGAGAAUGGGAGAGAUGUGACCCUGUCCUGGUAUAGAGGAGGGAAGCUACUCAACCGGCGCAGCAGCCCUGACCUCAACAUCACCCUCUCUCUACCUCUCAAGGUGGAUGAACAGAACGGAGACUCUUACAGAUGUGAGGCUGCCAACCCAGUCAGCAAGGAGACCACUGUUACACAUUUCUGUAUAGAGAGUGAUCCCUCCAAGGUGGCAGGUACAAUUUUUUUUUUACAGUAGCAAUGUUAAAUUGCUGAUAUCCAGACAAUAUCAAAUUCAAUAUGAAACAAUAAGUAUGGUAGAGCUCAUUUUAUGAAACACAAUGUUUUAAUUAAAAUAUUGUUUUCUCUCUUUUUACUUUAGAUGGUGAUGAGAGGACUCGAGGUUUUCUUAUUAUUGCUGUAAUCUGCGUUUUGUUUGCCUCAGGACUUGUUGGACUUGCAAUUUAUCUUAAGAAGAGGAGAAACGGACAAUCACAAGCAGGUAUUCAUCUUUUAGUGAGGUGAGGUCAUUCUCCUUGUCAAAGUCAAAUAAUAAUCAAGGAUAGUGUUUUGGAAAAGGAAGGAAAUGUUUGCCUGAACAAUGGAUGCAGGUCAAAUGAAGAGACAUAUCUUCCACACUUCCUCUGCUUGGUCAGACAGUUACAUUAUCUCUGACCACUUCUCUAAAUGUUGAAAAAGCAGAAGGCAGACACACACACACACACACACACUCUGACAAUCAUUACUAUAUAGCUUCUCUGGCACCAAAAAGACAGCUAACACAGACACAGGUACCCAUUGUAACAUGAGUCCUUAGUGUUUGCAGAACCUGUCUUGGGUUGAGCAUUUGUGCAUAUCUAUCAGUUACUCCCACCCACACUGUAUAUUUCAUUUCCUUUAUUUGCCUUUAUAGAUUCACCUGAAAGAAAGCAAGAUGACAUUGACUACGCAGAGAUAACUCUAAUUAAACCAGCAGAUAACCAGGUUAGUAAUAAUGCUACAGGCUGAUAAACAUUGGAGAUGUAAUACAGCAGUUUUGUUACAACUAUAGCCUUUAGCGCUGUGCCAGUGGGUGAAUGUGGUCUUGAGUUGCACAGACAACCUGAGUUUAAUAACCGUCCUGAUGUCAUUGCAACCAGUUUUGCCCAUAUGAAAUGGUCGUUUUGCACAAUGAGAAGCCACCCUGCAUAUAUUUUUUGCUUUCCUACACCCCCCCCCCCUCCUCUUUGCUUGUCCCUCUCAAUCCUUCCCUCCCCACCUCCCUCCCUCUUCCUGUCUAGGAGGAGCGAACAGGUAUACAAGGACUGAAGUCGGUUAGAGACAACCCUAACCUUAUAUUCGUUUAUGAUACACUCCAAUUACAUCGCAUGGCUGCCAGCGAGGAUGUUAACACUGCAUGAAGGAGCAAAACAGGAAGGUUCUGAGAGGGUGACAUGAUCAUUCACAUCCAAGAGAAGGCUUUACAUCCUAAAGAGGAUGUUAAGACAAAAUUAUAGUAAAUAUUCAUCUAGAAAACGUAAUGGAGGCAUAGUUGUUACUGGAGAAAAUUCCCAUUUAACCAUUGCGAUGUUGUUGUCAUUUCAGACUUCCUUUGUUGGUCAUUCUCAGUCUUUUGUUGAAUUGGGGCCUUGAUGAGAUUCACUGAUACAGACAAAUUCAAUAGCAAUGCCUAGGGUUAUUAGUAGGAUUAUCCCUCUUUUCAAGUGCACAUUGUCCCAAUUUAUAGGUUAAAACAAAUGGAACCUAUCUUUUAAUCAAAUUCACUAGUGCGUUUGCUAUGCUAAUGCUGGGCCAAAGCUUCUUUUCAGUAUUGUCUGUUCUGUUUAAAUGUAGGUGCCUGCCCUGUAUCUUUUUAUAGCUGGUCAUUGUUUAGCUUGCCAUUGGAUAGCAGCAGUGUACAUGCAAAGCAGAUGUUUGGUGAGAUAAAGCCACCUACUCCUUAGAAGCAAUGGCUGGUAGCCUAUGUUGGAAAACAAAAAGUCCAUAGGUUGAUUUUUUUUCCUUUCACCAUGUAGAUUCUAUUGAAACAUUUCUGAGGGGUAGGUCUUUAUUUGCCUUUUGACUCAUAAAGUGAUCUUUGGUGACAUUAUACUCAUUUAUUUUCGCAAAAUGCGAAUUAUUAUUAUUAAGUGUAGUUCAGAUCUUGCUUUGAUGACAACUGUGUGCAUGCAUUUUGAAUGUACGAAAUUAACAGUUUAGUUUAUUAUGAUGGACCAUUUAUUGCUUGUCCUUAUCUACACAGUAUGUAGCUCAUCAUCUCUUAAUACAAUCACUCCCUCCUGCACGCUCCUGCAGACACUCCUUCUAUUACAGCAUUUUGUGCUCCAACUACAUUAGCCCACAUAUAUAACUGUGAAAAAAUACAAAAUCUACUGACACCAUAGUGAGUUGUUGCACUGGAGGCUAUUUCAUUUUUAUACAUUUGUAUUUCAGAGUAGUUACUGA